AUGGCGAGUGUGUUAGAAACCUUACAGGACGUUAGCUUCACGACCUGGCUGGCAGUGAUCCUUGGAUUAUUAGUAUUUUUCUAUUGGCGAGGGAUCCAAAAAUACAACUCUCUUCUCGGAAGCUCUCCUCUCCCAGGACCCAAACCAUUGCCUUGGAUAGGUAACCUCCUCGAUGUCUUCAGAUAUGGCGGAAUGCACAAAAUGUUUCUGAGUUUCUUCUACAAGUACGGCCGAGCUCACAAGUUAUGUUUGGGUAGGUCACCCGCGAUCGUGGUCUCCGAUCCUGAAAUGAUCAGGGAAAUCUUGGUGAAGGAGUUUUCGAGUUUUCCAAAUCGGCUUGGCUUCACACCUAGGCCGCCCCUCGACUCUGGCUUGUUCGUCUCGCGCGGAGAAUCGUGGAAACGAGUGAGGACCACGCUUACCCCAACUUUUACCGCGUCCAAGUUAAAGCAGAUCGUGCCCAUAAUCGAGGAAAAGUCCGAUUUACUNGGACCCAAACCAUUGCCUUGGAUAGGUAACCUCCUCGAUGUCUUCAGAUAUGGCGGAAUGCACAAAAUGUUUCUGAGUUUCUUCUACAAGUACGGCCGAGCUCACAAGUUAUGUUUGGGUAGGUCACCCGCGAUCGUGGUCUCCGAUCCUGAAAUGAUCAGGGAAAUCUUGGUGAAGGAGUUUUCGAGUUUUCCAAAUCGGCUUGGCUUCACACCUAGGCCGCCCCUCGACUCUGGCUUGUUCGUCUCGCGCGGAGAAUCGUGGAAACGAGUGAGGACCACGCUUACCCCAACUUUUACCGCGUCCAAGUUAAAGCAGAUCGUGCCCAUAAUCGAGGAAAAGUCCGAUUUACUGUUGAAUAAGAUGCAAAGAUUUUCAGAGACAGGUAGGUCUUUCGCUUGACAUAGAACCUCAGUACAGUCGACUGGUCAACUGUCGUGUUGAUUUUUGCUAAUAUAAUUUUUUGAAAUUAAUAUAGGCAAACAAUAUUAUCAACAUAAUUUUACAUUAUUUUUAUUUUAGAAAAAGUGAGUUUAGAUUGUUGAACGUAGCUCGUCAAACUUUAAGUAAAGGUGGAGGUUACGUAAUGCCUAAAUGUUAUGGGUUGCGUGACACGUAUCUUUUUUAAAGUGAAAUUGCAUGAAACGGUUUCGCGUGACUCGAUUCAACCUGACAGUUGUCGUCUACCAUCGACUUUCUCGCUGAUUUCCAAGAGCCUGCGAGCAAGCUCUCCUAUUUGGGCGAAUGAAGCGAGUCUCGGGAAAAGGCGCGAGCGAGCGACGAAGCUGCGAGGGGCAGGGGCGUUCUCGCGAGGCUCACUUCGCUUGCCCUAAUAGGAGAGCUUGCUCGCAGGCUAAUUUCCAAAAAUACGAUACGUUACAAAAAAUACGCUUUAUGGUAAAUUCAAGGCAAAGAAAAAUGAUUCAAAUCAUGAUCUGAUCUUUGCUUCGCCAAUCUACUUACUCAGAGGUUACGUAAUAGCCACUGGGCUACGUGUAGCCUGUUCACAGACCCUCUAUUUUCUCUUCAAAGUCCGUCGAGCGCGGGUGAUAUAAACCGCAGGGAAUUUAUUGACUGUCAGCACAAGGGGGGUAGUGGUGGUGGAAUUUACGCGCCCUGCGCUCGUUCUCGCGCACGCAUCGCGCGCGAGCUCGCCAAUGUUUUCGAAACCGAACGAAAAGAAAAAUAAAACAACGUCUGUGUACACAGGCUAGGUUGCGUGAUGAUUCAAGUCAAAUUAACGGACUGUUUGAAAUGUCAGCAAUGAAUAGGUGGUUUUCAUGCAAUCUCGGGAGACACAAAUAACAAUGGUGAAAUGAACAAAUGCUGGUGGACGAACAAAGCGAGCUAAUGAGCGAUCUUUUGUUUACCGUCCACCAGCAUGGCGGCGAUGACGUAACGUGAAAACCACCCAUAAACAUUUAAAUAUAUUUAAGUAAACUUUUAAAUUUCAUGUUCAAGCAAAAAUACCGUUUAUUUUAAUCCCUUUUAUGUACCGUUACGUAAAAAGCUGGUAACGUUCGGGGACUUAAUUUUAAGCUUCAUCAACUUGCCCCGGGGCGUCAAAAGCCAGUAACUUCAGACAGCAAUUUUAAAUUAAUAACCCCAAUUACUUAAAUAAAAUUGAUCAAUUAGCUACGCAGAAGAGAGUUUUUCUGUUGUUAGUUUUUUUUUUACUUGCGCGCUCCGUGCUAUUGCCUCGAGCGCUUUGCCGUUGAUUUCUCAACAUAGAAUCUGAAACUAUUUACCAGUAAUAUUUGCUUAAUUUAGGUGAAAGCGUGGAUGUUGUCCAGAUCUUCAGCUUGUUUGCGUUGGACGUCAUCAUGAAAGCCGCCUUCGGAAUUGAGAGCAACGUCCAGGUGAAACCAGAUCCAGUUUUUGUCGAGAAAGCUAGACGUGUCUUUCAGUCACCGCUCUGGACUCGAUUUUUUUCCGUCCUUCCCUUCUGGGAAUACUUCAGCAAGUACUACAGCCCCCUACAGAACGUUGACUACUUCAUAGGCAUUCAAAAACAAGUCCUCGAACAAAGACAGAAGCAGGGAUUUACCGGCACUAGAGACCUAGUCCAGUUAAUGUUGGAGGCGCAUGAAGAGACUGAUGUCGAUGGAGUUAGCAAACUUAGUGAUGAUGAGGUCACCGCCCAGUCUGUGACUUUCCUUUUUGCUGGCUUCGAAACCACCGGUAAUAAACACAAUUUUGCUACUGUGAGGGACAAAAGUGUUGAGACAAUUCAAAGUGGACAUGCCUAUCCCCUCCCCCUGUCUACCCCCACCCCUCCCCCAAAAAUCAAUGUUGUAUUUUAGACCCUCAGGUCUUUCUUUUUCGACUUCAAACAACAUUGAUUCGGGGGUGCGGGGAUUUACGGCGUUUAAAUAGAAUGAAAUAAUAAAUCAAUGAAAUUGUUGAUAAAAAAGCACCCGGUUUAGACAGGUGGGUCAAUGACUUUUGUGCCUGAUUGUAGCAACGAAUUUAGAGGGAGUGCACUCUUCAAAAUGAAACAGGGCCAGAAUUUUCGACAUUUGAGGAGCCUGUGAUUAAAGAUGACCAAAAGAGAAUAAUCUCAUGUGCAUAAGUGGUCCAAGGGAGGCCUUAGAUCCCGGAGGGAGUACUCCCUUACAAGAGGCUUAUAGGGUUGUGCCGCUGGAUGGGGUCGCAUUUUCACGACUGGAGUGACUAUAAUGGGGUCGCAUUUUCAAUAGAUUUACUUGAAUGGGGUCGCAAAUUUUUGGAUUUUUGGAGUAAGUAGGGAUUCAAAAUGGGAAGAUUCUCGGUUAAAAAAUCAGAAACUUGUUGUUUAUUAAAUUUAACAAUAAGCUCGCAUUGACCGAAUUACAUUCCGCCGCUUGAAACUGCAUUGAUAAGGUAGAUGCAUAAAUAGAAAGUUGGGAUCGCGACUAAGAUAGGGUCUAAAAUUGGCCAAAAAAUAGACUAUAAUAGGGUAGGGGCUCUAAGAGGCCAGCUGCACAUACCCACCAAAGACAAACCCAAGUACCCCCCCCCCCCGGGUUCACAGGCUACUCUACAUCGAUGUGAUAGGUGAUGCUCUUGACUAUGCUUUUAGGUACCACCCUAACUAUGACCGCCUAUCACUUGGCCACUCACCCAGACAUUCAAGAUCGACUUAUCAAAGAGAUUGACGAAAUAAUGGAUUCACGUGGGGACAGGUCCCUUUAUGACGUGGUGCAGCACGCCACGUACUUAGAUCAAGUCAUCUCAGAGGUCCUUCGCAUCAGUGGCCCUGCGUUCUUCCUUAAUCGACAAUGUACCGAAGACACAACCAUAAAAGGAGUGAAGUUUCCUAAGGGUGUUGACGUUGCUAUACCCACGUACGUUUUGCAUCGAGACCCGGAAGUCUGGGAAAACCCCGAGGAGUUCAACCCCGACAAUUUUUCGCCAGAGGCAAAGCAAAACCGAAGCCCGUACUCUUACCUCCCGUUUGGAGCUGGCCCCCGUCAAUGCAUGGGAAUGCGCCUUGCCUUGUUGGAAAUAAAGCAAGGGUUAUUCAAGAUCUUGCAGCGAUUCAAGUUUGAACGGGCUCCCGAAACCGUCACCGCACUGGAGCAUAACGCUGUGUUAAUUUUGUCUCCCAAGAAGACUAUCUACGUCAAGAUAAAAGCACGCUAA